AUGGAAAUCAUUUUAAAAUACAUUGUUAUGCUGGAUUCUGAGACAGCUGUUGAUCGAACGCAAGUUCUGCAGGUGGGAGAUAAGAAUAUUGUUGACAAGUAUCAGUAUAAGAAUUACGAAUACACUCUGUCAUAUUUUAGAUUGCAGAACAAGCACAUGAGAACUUUUACAAUAACUUUUAAAGUUACUGCUUUCACAAAUAUGGCUAGAAGUUUUGCUAAUUCCAAACAAGUCUUUGGUUUAGCUAGCCAUUCAGAGCAUAAUCUCAAUUUGGCUCCUGUGCCCAUAUUCAAAAGAGAGGAAAACAAAAUAGAGUGCAAUGUGAUUAUCUUCCGUGAAGACAGAGAUGUUGGGAUGAAAGUUGGGUGUGCGCAUUCAGGACAAGAGUCAACUUUUGAAAUUCACAAUCUGAUCUCAGCGCUCAGGAAAAAUAGUUUUGGAAAUGCCAAUUCAGUGACUCUUCCAGAGACUUUGCUGUUUGUUUCAACUCUGGAUGGGAACUUGCAUGCUGUGAGCAAGCGGACAGGGUCAAUUAAGUGGACUUUAAAAGAAGAUCCUGUACUUCAAGUGCCAUUGCAUGUAGAAGAACCAGCUUUUCUCCCAGAUCCUAAUGACGGCAGUCUGUACACUCUUGGCGGCAAGAAUAAUGAAGGCUUGACUAAACUGCCGUUCACCAUUCCUGAGCUGGUUCAAGCAUCCCCUUGUCGCAGUUCAGAUGGAAUCCUAUACAUGGGAAAGAAGCAGGAUAGCUGGUAUGUGAUAGACCUCAUGACAGGGGAGAAACAGCAAACUCUGACCUCUUCAUUUGCUGAAAGCCUUUGCCCAUCCACAUCUCUCCUUUAUCUUGGACGAACGGAGUACACAAUAACAAUGUACGAUACCAAGAGUAAAGAGCUCCGAUGGAAUGCCACCUACUUCGAUUAUGCAGCCACGUUGCCUGAUGAAGACGUGCAGUACAAAAUGUCCCAUUUUGCAUCUAAUGGAGAUGGGCUGGUGGUGACUGUGGACAGCGAGUCUGGGGACGUCCUGUGGAUUCAGAAUUAUGGCUCCCCCGUUGUAGCUUUUUAUAUUUGGCAGCGGGAGGGGUUAUGGAAAGUAAUGCACACCAACGUGGGGAUAGAAACUCUGAGGUAUCUAACAUUCAUGUCUGGUGAAGUUGGACGCAUCACAAAGUGGAAAUAUCCCUUUCCUAAAGAAACUGAGGCCAAGAGCAAAUUGGUGCCAACACUCUACGUAGGGAAAUAUUCCACCAGUUUGUAUGCGUCACCAUCAAUGGUUCACGAAGGGGUGGCUAUUAUGCCCCGGGGAAGUGCAAUACCAUUGAUAGAGGGUCCAAAAACACGUGGUGUCACCAUUGAAGACAAUGGCGAAUGUGUUAUCACCCCCAGCACUGACCUAAAGUUUACUUCUGGAUUUAAACACAAGAACAGACUCAACUAUUUGAGGAAUCACUGGCUUUUAAUAGGGCACCAUGAGACACCCUUGUCAGCCCCUACGAAGAUCCUGGAGAAAUUUCCAAGCAAUUUGCCAAAGCGGCAAGAAAAUAUUAUUCCAGCAGAUUCAGACAAGGCUGCUUUUGAAGAGGCAAUUGACAUUGCUGGGCGUUCCACAAAAGACUUGCCCUUUCCCAUCCCUGAGGAUGCUGAAGAGAUGCUCAGCCAACCUGCGCCCCGACCAGAAGCUCCUGUGGAUUCCAUACUGAAGGACAUGGCCACCGUCAUCCUCAGCACGUUCUUGCUUGUUAGCUGGGUCGCCUUUAUCAUCACGUAUCCAAUGAGUAUGCACCAGCAGCAACAGCGACAACAUCAGCAGUUCCAAAAACAGCUGGAGGAGAAGAUCCAGCUAUUGCAGCAUCAGCCGUUCAGUCCUGCCAUCGACUUGCCCCCUGAAGCAGACUUGUUGGAUGGUUCCUGUGCAAGGACAGAGAGCUCAGCCACCAGCACACCAAACAUGUCCCCUAAGGCAUCAAAUCACUCGGCAUAUUCCAUUGUUUCUGCUUCUGAUGUUGGGAGUGGUCUUUCCACUGAGCAGGAAGAAGAUGGAGAUACAGGCAUAAUAACAGUUGGAAAGAUUUCAUUCCACCCAAAGGACAUGCUCGGACAUGGAGCUGAGGGAACAAUUGUUUAUAGGGGGACAUUUGAUAACAGAGCAGUAGCCGUGAAGCGAAUUCUCCCCGAAUGCUUCAGCUUUGCUGAUAGAGAGGUGCAGCUGUUGCGAGAAUCUGACGAACAUCCGAAUGUGAUCCGCUACUUCUGCACGGAGAAGGACCGCCAGUUCCAGUACAUAGCACUUGAGCUCUGUGCUGCCACUUUACAGGAGUAUGUAGAGCAAAAGGACUUCAAUCGCCACAGUUUGCAGCCUAUCACCGUUUUGCAACAGACCAUGUCCGGUCUUGCUUAUCUCCAUUCUCUCAAUAUUGUCCACAGAGAUCUGAAGCCCCAUAAUAUCCUCAUUUCUAUGCCCAAUGCCCAUGGUAAAGUCAAAGCCAUGAUCUCAGACUUUGGCCUGUGUAAGAAGCUUGCAGUGGGCAGGCACAGCUUCAGCCGUCAGUCUGGAGUGCCAGGCACUGAAGGCUGGAUAGCUCCAGAGAUACUGAGUGAGGACCGCAAAGAAAAUCCAACGCAUACAGUAGAUAUUUUUUCAGCGGGAUGUGUCUUCUAUUAUGUGAUAUCGGAAGGCAACCACCCAUUUGGCAAAUCCCUGCAGCGGCAAGCCAAUAUUUUGCUGAGUGCCUACAGCCUGGACUGCCUAAAUCCAGAGAAGCAUGAGGACAUAGUUGCUCGUGACUUAAUAGAGCAAAUGAUAAGUACGGAUCCUCAGAAGCGGCCUUCAGCUAACUGUGUGCUGAAGCAUCCAUUUUUCUGGGGUUUAGAAAAGCAGCUCCAGUUUUUCCAGGAUGUCAGUGACCGAAUAGAAAAGGAAUCCUUAGAUGGCCCAAUCGUCAAGGAGCUGGAGAGAGGAGGGCGAGUGGUGGUGAAAAUGGACUGGAGGGAGCACAUCACUGUCCCUUUACAGACAGAUCUUCGAAAAUUCCGAUCCUAUAAAGGGAAUUCAGUGAGAGAUCUCCUGCGAGCCAUGAGAAAUAAGAAGCACCACUAUAGAGAAUUGCCGCCAGAAGUGCAGGAGACUCUGGGUUCUGUCCCGGAUGACUUUGUGUGUUACUUUACACUGCGUUUCCCUCAUCUCCUUUUGCACACCUACCAUGCUAUGCAGAUCUGCUCCCAGGAAAGACUCUUCCAGCCUUACUAUAUGCAGGACUCUGAGCAGAUACCUCCUGGAGAUGCUGUUUGACUCAUGGGGACUCAUUGUUCUUAGCACACACAGGGCUGUGAAACAGGCCUGGCCUUAGCAGGGUGACUAGAGGGAUCAUCAGAGAGUGAAAAAUCCUCUUUAAGAAAUCCAGACUUUCUCCAGUGUGCCUUGUGUUCUGCCUGCUCUGAGUCAGGAAGAGAACCCCAGGUGGGAAUCUUGGAGGGGGGGGGGAGUGGAAAUGUAAUUUCCAGAAUGCUUUACACCACUGAAGAAGGCAGUGAUCAAGAAACUGCUCCUAAGAAGAACAGUGAAGUAUAAAACAGUGGCACUUGGCACAGGCAUGACUAUGAAGUUGGAAAUACUUAACACUGUACUCUCCUUUUAUGCUGGCACUCAGCCAGCUUUACUGCACAGAGAGGUAAAAAGCAGCAGCAUUGAGUGGAAUCCGUACCUUUGCCAAGCAUUUCCUGGAUCUCAGGAAGGAGCCUUAUACGGUAGCACACCACUUCUAUCCAAUAACAGACCACUACCACAAUCUGUACUUGAAGCAAUCUCUUUGCCAUGAGGGAAUGAUUGAUUGUUAAAGGGAAUGCCGUGGUUUAAGUAUACGAGAACUGGCAACACAAAUACAAUGGUUAAGUGAAGAGUAUAGACCUCCAAAGACUAGUUUCCAAAUAAUUGUGUAUACAGCUAAAGCUGGUUACAAAAUUGCAAGCUAAAAAAUAUCUGUUAGUAAGAUUUCACAUCAUAAUGCUUUAAAAACAAAUCUGGUAUUUCUGGAAUAAGGUAUGGCUUUUGUCAUAAUACCGGGAAUCCCUUGUGCUUUUGAAAGAAAUCUAUUCAGAUACCAGUUCUGGAAUAUGAAUACUUGGUAAGAAGGUUUAGAUGGAACAAGAGGCGGGGGAAGAGUAGUAGUCAGUGUUCCCUCUAAGCCGAGUUAAUGUGAGCUAGCUUGCAGUUUUUUAGCCUCUGGCUCACAUGUGUUUGUCUUAGCUCAGGAAAGAUGGCCCCAGAGCAAACUUAUUUAUGCGGUAGCUCACAAUUUUAAUGCCAGUAGCUCACAAAGUAGAAUUUUUGCUCACAAGACUCCACAGCUUAGAGGGAGCAUUGGUAGUUGUGCUCCUUCAAUUUUGUUCAUAAGAUGAUUAACUUCAUCAGUCAGAGGCACCAGAGCUUGGUAGGUAGAAACUGAGCUGGAUAUAAAUUGAGGUAUUUUGUUUUUACAAAAUGUGACAUUUACUAUUCUUAACUGCCAGAUUGCAGUUCUUUCUGUCAAGCAGCAGAAUCCGUUUACCCGUCCACAUGGGAUCUUUUGGAAAGCUAAACCGACUGAGGCAUAUGCUUCCCAUUUUUGAAGGAUGCAGUUUUCCUUUUCAGUGUCCUUAAAACUGUGGCGCACAUUUAGUGUGCAGAAAGCCCUAAGAAUCCCCAACGAUGUGCUGCAAUGUUCCAAUGUGAUAUUUGUAUUAGCCUUUUACAAAAAAAAAUAUUUAUUUUACAUAUUUAUAUUUAUUUAAUUUUUAAUACAAAACGGUACCAUAUUGGAAUGCUACUAGUAUAAGCAUGCCAAAUCUUUUUAAAAGGAAAAAAUGAAAUCCUGUCUGGUGCAGUAGCCUUUAAAAAAAAUAGUUGGCAACAAUGGCAAGGAAAAGGUAUACCGCAUCUUUUCAGCCUUGUGCAUUUUCAAUAAUUCUGGAUAAAAUGUUUUAAUAGAAAUUUUUAAUCUGUGUGGUAGUGCUCCUGUGUGUCUUAAAUGGAUAAAUUAUUAAUGGUUAUCUGUAUAAUUGGGCAUUGAUAGGGAGUGGGGUUUGUUUGUUUUUUGUUCUGUCUUUUGUUCUGUUCUUUGGGGCCUUACAGGGAAGUGGAUUUUUCUAGUUUUGUAAUGCAGCAGCUGAUAUUAAGGUAAGAAAAUCAAAAUAUGGAUAUUCCAGGACUUUAAAGCUUGAAAUUAAUGGCAGUCUUGCCUUACAAUUCAAAUGAUGUUUCAUAUUUUUGUAGCUCUACUGUACAGUACUUUUAUAAUACUAAUAAAUAAGAAUUUCACAGAGAUUUAAAAAAAUAAAAAAUAAAGUAGAUUUUGAAA